AUGGCACGCGGCGCACGCCGCGUACGCCUGCUCGAUGCCAAAGGCUUUCCCGCCGCAGACACCCUCCGUGCGGUGCUCGGCUGGGUCACCGGGGGCGGCGCUCUGCUGGAUCGGGCGAUGAGCCUCGACUCGAUCAAGGGCGGCACGCGCCUCACCGACUCGUGUGUGAUCCCAGAUGCGGCCAAAGCUGCAGGAUCCUUUGUUGUCUGGAAGAGCAAGGAGCGGUACGGCAAGCGCUCCUACAUACGCGUGCAAGGACGGCGCACCCACCCGCCGUCAGGCAUGAAGAAGACGCGGAAAGACUUGACUUGGCCGCGCACAGGGUCAGGCCGCCUUUGCAUAGUCCGACUGCACCGCUGGAUAUGUGCGGCUGUCCACGGGCCUCCGCCGAGCAAAGACCACGAGGCUACUCACAUAUGCGGUAAUUCGGAGUGUAUUUGCGCCAGCCACAUCCGCUGGCAGCCAAAGCCCGAGAAUCGCGAGGAUGUGAUUUUCCACGCGAAGCCCUGCCGUGCGGGGACGGCACGAAAGAGCUGGCAGUUCCCGACGGGGGACACCCGCCCCGGCCCGCUGGAGUAA